ACAAUCAUUUAAAGGGUAACUAUUAGUAGAGCUCCCUCGCAUUCAUUAAUUACAGAGGUUGUGAUAGCUGGAUGAUGCAGAUUUGAGAUAUAACUGCACAAAUCAUGCUAUGCUGAAGGCGAAGAAAAAGAUGGCAGAAUUUGAUAUUGGGAUCAUAUUGGUCAUCUGCUUUUGCUGCAUAUUAACACUCAAAGUUGAAGCUCAAUCGCAAUCUGUACGUCUUGCUCCCACUGAAGUGGAAGCUCUAAAAGAAAUAGCUACACAAAUUGGAAAACAAGACUGGAACUUCAGCAUAGACCCAUGCAGCAAUGACACAAAUUGGGCUACCCCAAAAUCUGAUAACUUGCCUCUCUACAAUAACACUGUCAUCUGCAACUGCUCCUACCCUGAUGGUUAUUGCCACGUUGUCAGCAUUUUUCUCAAAGGACAAGAUCUUGCGGGUGUAGUUCCACCAUCUGUUGCAAAAUUACCCUAUCUAAAAAUUGUUGAUUUCACCCGGAACUACCUCAGUGGUACUAUACCGAGUGAAUGGGCUUCUACAAAGUUGGAAUAUGUAUCCAUUACCGUGAACAACUUAACGGGACCAAUCCCUGGCUACUUGGGAAACAUUACCACCCUAAUAUACAUGAGCUUAGAGAAUAACCAGUUUUCUGGAACUGUUCCUCCUGAGCUUGGGAAAUUGGUUAACUUGAAUAAUCUCAUUCUGAAUGCAAACAAUCUCACAGGAGAGCUGCCGGUGGCUCUAACUAAUCUGACUAAGUUAACAGAACUUAGGAUUAGCAUGAAUAACUUCACUGGAAGAAUACCAAAUUUUAUUCAAAGCUGGAAGCAACUUAAGAAACUAGAGAUCCAAGCUAGUGGUCUCCAAGGGCCCAUUCCUUCUAGCAUUUCUGGCUUGAGUAAUUUAGCAGAGCUCAGAAGGAUCAGCGAUAUCGAUGGAGGGGGUUCAGAAUUUCCGCCCUUGAGUAGUAUGACAAACAUGAAUAGUUUAAUGUUGAGGAGCUGCAACUUAUCCGGAAGUAUCCCUGAUUAUAUAUCAGCCAUGACAACACUGAAAAUAUUAGAUCUGAGCUUCAACAGGCUGGAGGGGAACAUUCCUGAUAAUAUUGGAACUCUGACAAACCUGCAGUACUUGUAUCUCACAAGUAACUUGCUCCACGGGUCUAUUCCGGACUGGAUCAAGAGCAGAGAUAGUCAUUACCAGAUAGAUGUUUCUUACAAUAAUUUUUCUGUGAAUUCUGAGCCUGCUUCGUGUAGAGAGACCCUGAACUUGUUCAAAAGCUUUACAGCACAAGACAACUCAUUAUUUGGAGAGUGUCUGAAUAGCUAUCCAUGUCCUAAAGAUCGAUAUUCAUUACACAUAAAUUGUGGUGGAACGGCAACCACUGUUGGAGGAGUUGACUUUGAAGCGGAUACAGACUUGGGAGGUCCAGCAAAGUUCGUUCCAGUGAGACCUAUGUGGGGAAUCAGUACCACCGGACAUUUCUGGGAUGCUAACCCCACCUCUAAUGACUACAUUGCAAAUAACAUAUCGAUACUUGGAAUGGACAACUCUGAGUUGUACACAAAUGCACGCCUAUCGCCUCUUUCUCUCACUUAUUAUGCACGCUGCCUCGGAAAUGGAAAUUAUACUGUGAGACUUCACUUUUCGGAGAUAAUAAUCAGAGACAACAGAUCUUUCUAUAGUCUUGGAAGACGGAUAUUUGAUGUGUAUAUUCAGGAGAAACUAGUAUGGAAGGAUUUUGACAUCGAAGAGGAAGCACAAGGGGUUGAUAGGGUAGUCAUUAAGGAACUUAAAGCAGUUCAGGUUAAGGAUAAAACUUUAUUGAUCCGGCUUAAGUGGUCUGGGAAAGGGACAACAGCUUCCCCAAAGAGAGGAACUUAUGGUCCUCUUAUAUCAGCUAUCUCCAUGGACUCUGAAUUCAAGCCUCCUCAAGAAAGCAAAAACAAAGUAAGUAUUAUUGUUGGAGCAUCAGUUGGAGGUUCAGUUUUGGGCCUCAUUUUCUUGGUUUUAGGCAUUCUUUGGUGGAAUGACUGUUUCGAUAGCAGGACGUCAAGGGAAAAAGCUUUGAGAGGACUGGAUCUGCAAACUGGUUUUUUCACCUUUAGACAAAUCAAAGCUGCCACUAACAACUUCAAUCCUAAAAACAAAAUUGGGGAAGGCGGUUUUGGGUCUGUCUACAAGGGUACAUUGUUGGAUGGAACUAUAAUCGCGGUUAAGCAACUAUCUUCAAAAUCAAAGCAAGGAAAUCGUGAGUUUGUCAAUGAAAUAGGCAUGAUAUCUGGUUUACAUCAUCCAAAUCUUGUCAGAUUGUAUGGAUGUUGUAUCGAAUCAAAUCAGUUACUGUUAGUGUAUGAAUACAUGGAAAACAAUAGCCUUGCACAUACGUUGUUCGGUCCAGAGGAUGGUCCAUUAAAUAUGGAUUGGCCUACAAGGCAGAAAAUAUGCAUAGGCAUAGCAAGAGGUUUGUCCUUUUUGCAUGAGGAAUCAACGCUAAAGAUUGUGCAUAGAGACAUCAAAGCGACAAAUAUCUUACUAGACCGAGACCUUAACCCUAAGAUCUCCGACUUUGGUUUGGCCAAGCUCGAUGAAGAGGAGAACACCCACAUUAGCACUAGAGUGGCCGGAACUGUAGGAUACAUGGCGCCGGAAUAUGCACUAUGGGGUUACUUAACCGACAAAGCAGAUGUGUACAGCUUCGGCGUUGUUGCGUUGGAGAUUGUUGCUGGAAAGAACAACGUGAAGUAUAGACCAAAUCAGAAUUUUGUAUGCCUUGUGGAUUGGGCCCUUGUCUUGCAACAAAAAGGAAAUUUAAUGGACCUGGUGGACCCUAGGUUGGGGUCCCAAUUCAGCAAGGAAGAGGCGAUUCGAAUGGUGAAGGUGGCGCUGCUAUGCACCAAUCCGGCGCCCGCUUUGAGGCCUACAAUGUCUGCAGUUGUGAGAAUGCUUGAAGGGGAGACUGCUGUGCAUGAAUUGAUCAUGGAUCCGAGUAUAUACGGCGACGAAAUGAGGCUAACGGCCGUGAGAAACCAGUUUGAUCAGAUUGCACAAGAGAGCUCAAGUGGAACUCAGAGCCGCCUUCGUUCUUCUGAUUCAACAUGGAUUGGUUCUUCUGCUACCGCUAUGUCUUCUGAUCUCUACAAAGUUAGUUCCGGUUCUUAUUAAAUGAGGCCAACUCUUGCUUUUGUGUAUACGGAAGAUUCAUACAAGAAAUAUAGGAAGAUAUGAACAUCUAAAUUUGGUUACGGAUUUUAAUUAAACAGACAAUUAAAGUGCACUAAAUUGUGGUUUAAUAUUUGUAAAUAGUUCUUUUAUGCGUA